UCGCAGAAGCAGUGCAUCCUGCAUCGUUGUCAACAACCAGUAGGAAGUCGACUAAAGACUAUCGUCAGCAACCCCAGGUAUCACAAUUUACAACGCCUUACCAAAGAUAUCGAAAUGAAGAAAAUUCAAAUAACGUCAGUCUGUGCAAUUGUAUGCCUCUCGUUGACUAUUGGUGCACCAUUGGGCGGCAGCAAAUGGUCGAAAAAAGCUCCUAGUUUCUUGCUUUCGUUAUACAAGCAGCUCACAAAUAACAAAGUUUCACUGUCCAUGUUGGGAGCAUCUCGAAUCCACGGCAUUUUCAACACCGUAAAACAGCGUCAAUCAACGUCAAACGAAAAAGUCUACGACCUGACAUGUUCUAUUAAUGGAACGAAUCUUUCACUGUAUAAUGUGUUCUUGGUCAACCUACAUUUGACAGUGAUGGCAACGAGAAACGAAGACAAAAGUAAUUGCAAUUUGGCACUUCAUGACAUUUUUUCAGGAAAAAAAAUCACAUCGAAACAGAUAAGCUGCUCCAAAACGACCGACCUAGUCUUGAGGGUAACGUCAGUGGUCAAAAAAUGGAUCGCAUCGCCUUCAACAAACGCUGGCGUUCGAGUCAGCAUUACGCCGACCUACUCCGACGCCGUGCCGAUCAAACUUCCACACAUCGACACUCGAUCGAACGCGGAACCUCCGUAUUUCAUCAUAUACAUAUAGAACUGAAAAUGUUGUGCGUCCUCGCACGAGUUCGGGGGAAAAUAAUCGAAUCAGUAAUGACACUAUAUGAAACACUUUAAUUUAUAAGCGUAAAUAAACGUGAUAAAUCAAUGAAAGGCACGUAAAAUACACAAUAACGUAAAGUAUACCGUAUUAAAUAAACAUUUAUUCAAAACAA